GUUUCGGUAUCACCGAUGAUGUUUAUCUGGGACGAGGAAUGGAACAUCUCUUUUGCUGGCUGCGGGUUUCGAUGUAUUUACCACAUGGGGGUGUUGAGCUGUAUCCUACAGCACGCCCCACAGCUGCUUCAUGGUGCUUCAAAAAUCUGCGGUGCUUCAUCUGGUUGUCUGGUGGCUGCAGCUCUGACUACUGGGAUUCCAAUUGAAGACGUGUGUGUUCAUCUUCUGUCCACGGCUAAAGAGGUCAGGAAACACACACUGCGGGUUUUCCACCCAUCCUUCAGCUUGCUGAGGACUGUGCAGGACUUCCUGUUGGAGAAGCUUCCAGACGAUGCACACCUUCGGGCCUCAGGAAAGCUCUGCGUGUCCCUCACCAGAGUGGCUGAUGGGCAAAAUGUUUUGGUGUCAGAGUUUGACAGCAGAGAGGAUCUGAUUCAGGUUCUGAUGUGCAGUUGUUUCGUUCCCAUGUACUGUGGUGUAAUCCCUCCUUUAUACCGUGGAAUGCAGUACGUGGAUGGAGCCUUGAGUAACAACAUGCCUCUGUCUGAGCAGAGAAACACCAUCACUGUGGCUCCCUUCUCAGGCGAAAGUGACAUCUGCCCAAGAGAGGGCACGUUCAACUUCUUUGAGGUGCACUGUGGCAAUGUUAGCAUCCAGGUCAACACUGGUAACUUACACCGGAUGUGUACGUCAUUCCUCCCACCAGCACCUGAGAAGCUGGCAGAAAUUUGUCAUAAUGGUUACAUGGAUGCUCUUCGUUUUGUGACAGAAAGGGAUCUAGUUGAGAGACAGUGUUUUACAUCUAUGUUGGUGACUGACAUGGAUUUGACCAGGAGACUGGCCAGUGGACCAUAUGCGCAACACCACCACUGGAUGGACCAAAGGCACACUGAGAACCUCCCAAUAAGCAUCAAGAAAGUGCUGUGUGAGGCAUGCAUGGACAGUCAUGACGGUGGUGCUCGCUGGUGCCGGCUCACUGAAGUUCUUCCAGUCAAACUGCUUCUUUGUGUAUUGACAGUUUUCACACUACCCCUGAAGCUGAUCUUCUUACUUCUCAAAAGGUAAAUACAACAGCUUGUUCCACACAAUAAGAGACUAGUACAGGAUGUUCAAUGAUAACCUACACGAGCACUGUGUUGGAAACUAGGAAAAUAUUGUUGACUGCCAGACCUAACAUUUUCCUGAUCUAUAUUAAAGGCAGCCAUGACUUAAUGAUAUAAUUUUCAAGUUCAAGUUCAAACAACUUUAUUGAUCCCUAAAAGGGCAAUUCAUCUUCACACCCAAUUACCUCAGACAAAAUACAGCAAUUAAUCCACAGUUAUUACUAGUUGAAAGCAAUAAUAGCACACAUCAGAAUUAAAACAACACACAUACAUUUGAUAUCGUUUAUGUGUGCUAAACUUUGAAGCAGUCCAUCAUCUGAAUUGAGGCAAAAUAAGUGUAGGCCGCAGCAGGGUCAGAAAUACAAGAGGCGGGGUGGGAGGGGGGAGGCGUGCGUCAGUAUCUGUCCGUGUGUGCAUAAAGUCUGGCAUUGCCUUGACAAUAGCAGGCUGUAAGGGAGGGCAGAUAAGCAAGGAGCCGAAUGCUUCACCAAGGCCGUUGAAAUCCUUCUGGAGGAAAACAAGCAGGGUGUUUUGACUUUUUGGUAGCUGAUAAGGCUGCCAUGUUUUGGGUUAGGCAGAGAGAUACAGAAAUUCCAUUUGUGGCUCCUCUGACCAUCAAAAUCCAAUUUAUGAAUUUCCCUGGUCUCCAGCAUCUUCCUUUGCAAGGCAGAUAUUUGCUCUAAGAUGUUUUCCAACUUGCGUUUGAGUUCAGAAGUUAAGGGCGUCUGAGAUUGUACCGCCUUGCCCACUUCAUUAAUCAUGACGGACAGAUGUGGGGCUGUGGUUCUGGUAGCAGCCGUCUUGCCAAUUUUCCAGUACAUCAGGGCAGCGCAUAACCCAAUCAGUCCCAGCCCUACUACCAUAAAAGCAAAUAAGAAUAAAUCUUCAACGUCUUCCACGAAGAGUGGUGCCAAGCACGCAUUGCGCUACUUCUCCCAGGUGUCAAGAACAUAGCCCGCAGGAUAGGUUCCAUCUGGGCACGCAGGGUCCCCCAGCCCUGAUGACCUUGUUGAAAAUUGGUGUCAGUAGCGUUGAGACAGUCUGGUGAAUUUGGGACUUUUGAAGGUUGGAGUAGCGAUAGAAAAACACAGAGGAGAGGAGAGAGGAGGAGAUGCGACCACCCUCACCGAAGUCCCAAGCCAAAAAAAAUAAAAAAUGACCAUACCCAUAGGUAACGAUGCUCGCAUGUCCCAGGGAAUGUGUCCCUGUUCCCAGCAGAGGCAGAAAAGAUUGUGCAGGUGUUUUAGCAAUGCAGGUUUCCCACUUUUUAAGACUUCUGAUGGGAUGCCAUUACUCCCUGGGGCCUUCCCACUAGCAAGGCAGUCAAUGGCUUUUCCAAGCUCUGCCAUGGUUGGUGGCGUGUCUAGCUCUUGCAUGACUGGCAGAUUUGGGAUGUCCUUGAGGGUUGUGACUGUGGCAAUUUUGGGUUGCAUACAGCUCGAGAUAGUACUCAACCCAGCACUGCAGCUGCUUCCGCUGGUCUGUGAUGAC